ACCUCACAAGCCAGGCCAAAGAGACACCACCUCACAAGCCAGGCCAAAGUGACACCACCUCACAAGCCAGGCCAAAGAGACACCACCUCACAAGCCAGGACACCAAGCUGAGCUACCAAACCAGGAUCCCAGGAAUAAGAGACACCAACAGAGCUGACAGAGCAAAUAUUGUGACCCAGUAACCAAAAGAUGACGCUGCUGCCAGUAUUCUCUGCAGAAACAUGGACUCUGCUCAUCCUGUUUGUGACACUGCUGGUUCUGUACGGAAUCUGGCCUUAUAGAUUUUUCAAGCAGUAUGGAAUUCCUGGUCCAAAACCUUUACCAUUUAUCGGGACAUUCCAUGAAAAUAAGAAAGGGCUCAUGCAAUUUGACACUGAAUGCUUCAACAAAUACGGGAAGAUCUGGGGGCUCUAUGAUGGGCGGCAGCCAGUUCUUGCUGUUAUGGAUCCGAUGAUCAUUAAAGCUGUUCUGGUGAAGGAAUGUUUUACGCUCUUCACGAACAGGAGGACAUUUGGAUUAAACGGCUCACUGAAGAAUGCCAUCACUGUCGCAGAGGAUGAUCAGUGGAAGAGGAUACGCAUGGUGCUCUCACCCACAUUCUCCAGUGGAAAACUCAAACAGAUGUUCCCCAUAAUAAAACAUUAUGCUGAAUUAUUGGUACAAAAUGUCCAGAAGAAGAUAGACAAGAGUGAGAAGCUGAUUAUGAAGGAUAUCUUUGGGGCGUACAGUAUUGACGUGAUAUUAAGUACGUCCUUCAGUGUCAACAUUGAUUCCAUGAAUAAUCCAACAGAUCUGUUUGUUGUCAACGCCAAGAAACUGUUCAGCUUCACUUUCCUCAAUCCUUUGCUUAUAUUGACAGUGCUGUUUCCUUUCCUCAUCCCUAUUCUGGACGCGUUUAAUGUUAGCCUGGUCCCUACAGAUAUUAUGAAUUUUUUUAAGGACGCUGUUCUGAAAAUUAAAGAAGGGAGAAAAUCUGGGAGCCCAAAUGAGCGAGUAGACCUACUGCAACUGAUGGUCGAUUCCCAGACCACCGAGGCUGAAAUUGAUGGAUAUAAAGCACUCACAGACACUGAGAUUAUGGCCCAGUCUCUAGUCUUUCUUCUGGCCGGAUACGAGACAACCAGCACUGCUCUGAUGUUUCUAGCGUACAAUCUAGCAACGCAUCCUGAUGUGCAAAACAAAGUGCAGGAGGAGAUUGAAACAUUGCUGCCCAACAAGGCUCCACCCACAUACAACGCUGUGAUGCAGAUGGAAUAUCUGGAGAUGGUGGUUAAUGAGAGUUUAAGGCUCUAUCCUGCAGCUGGAAGAAUUGAAAGAGUUUGUAAGAAAACCACAGAAAUAAAUGGAGUGACCAUCCCGUCAGGAGUAGUGACCAUGAUCCCAGUCUACGUGUUGCAUCGCAAUCCAGAGAUCUGGCCAGAACCUGAAGAAUUCCGACCAGAAAGGUUCAGUACAGAGAACAAAGACACUUAUGAUCCGUACACAUUUCUGCCCUUUGGAGCUGGGCCCAGGAACUGCAUCGCAAUGAGAUUUGCUUUAAUUAACAUAAAGGUGGCCAUCACUUUGCUGCUGCAGAACUUCACCUUCCAGACUUGUGAAGAAACUCCGGUACCUAUGGAGCUUGACACGCAAGGACCCUUGAAGUCCAAGCAGCCCAUCAUAUUAAAACUGGUCCCGAAAGCUCCAACGCAGAAAUAGAUGUGGAAGAAGCACAAUGAGCAACGACAAGUGAACUUAGUCUUCUUACCAGGGUCAUUGAGUUGUCUCACAUUUACAUUGUGAUGCUCUGUGCAUGUUAUAGGAAAGGCUGAGACUGUUGUGAAGUGCACAAGAGACCUCACAGAACAAAGGAACUCUAACAAAGCUAUGCAGCUAAAUACCGAUGUACAAUAUGUGACAAUAAAAUGUGCCCAGCUAA